GAAUAAUGCAUACAAAUUACACAGGUAUGUUUAUGUAGGUCAGCGAUUCAAAAUGGUGUAAAUUAAUUUUUCGUGAAACAAGUGCCGGAGACUAAGAUUUAAUGAGCUGACAGAGUACAAGAGACAGAAUGGAACCAGAACCGCAGCCCAGGAAGAUUAUGGCAGUGCGAUCUGCACGCCAGGUGCCCGUCAGAGUUCGUCUGUUGGACGAUGAUACAUUUAAUGACAGCGUUGAUAAAAGAGGAAUAGGCUGGGUGCUGUUUGACAAAGUAUGUGAACAUCUCAACAUUAUCGAGAAGGAUUAUUUCGGACUCAACUACAAAACAGCAGACGGUGAACAGAAUUGGCUGAACAACGAUAAAAAGAUAGCCAAACAGAUGAAAGGUCAGAACUGGAACUUUAGUUUCGAGGUGAAGUUUUACCCAGCAGACCCUGCUCAGCUUGCUGAGGAUUUGACACGAUACCAGCUCUGUCUCCAGAUACGACGAGAUAUCGUCAAUGAGAAACUUCCCUGCUCUUUUGUGACAUACACACUGCUAGGGUCAUACACAGCGCAGUCUGAGCUUGGCGACUAUGACCCAGAGGAGUUUGGCAGUGGCUACAAGUACCUCAAGGACAUACAGUUUGCCCCACACCAGGACAAGGAACUCCUCAUCAAGAUUGCAGAGUUACACAGACAACACAAGGGUCAGACACCAGAGGAAUCUGAGCUGAAGUUCUUGGAGAAUGCCAAGAAGUUGGCCCUGUAUGGCGUGGAGCUUCAUCCUGCUAAGGAUGCUGAAGGCAAGGACAUUCAGCUUGGUGUGUGUGCCCAGGGCCUGCUGGUGUACAAGGACAAGCAGCAAGUGAACCGUUUUGUAUGGCCCAAGGUCCUCAAGAUGUCGUACCGCAGAAACAAGUUCUUUAUCAAGAUCAGGCCUGGAGAGUUUGAGGAGUUCGCAAGUCUUAUAGGUUUUAAGCUUUUGAAUAUUAAAUAUUCUAAGCGGUUGUGGAAGAUAUGUGUGGAACAUCAUUCCUUCUUCAGGUUCCGUGAACCUGAACCAACAAAGCAUGUCAGCCUCUUGCCACGUUUCGGGUCUCGAUUCCGCUACUCGGGUAGAACACAGUUCCAGUCCAGACAGUUUGUGUCCGAGGAGGGAAGAGAUGCUCCAUUUUUCGACCGAGUUCUGAGCAAGAGAGGCACCUUUGGUGGUCGCACAGACAAUAUGAGAAAACGACAACAAGAUGGUCAGCGUCAACGAGAGCAGAUGAGAAAAACAGGACCUCCCCCUAAAAAUCAGCAGCACCCAUUAGAUGCCCCUGCCCCUUCGCCUCGGCAGCAGAGACCUCCAUCCCCUAAAGAGGACCACAGGGAUACCUCACUACCAGAGCCCAAACAUGCCCCACCUGUAGCGCCUAAGCCCAAACCAGCAGUCAAACCAAAACCAUACCCCAGGGGCUCUCAAGAUUCCCUGGAUAAGCUUGAUGAGGGUAACAGGUCUAUGAAUGACUCCUUUGAUGAUGUGCCAGACAGGAGGAGCAGAAUGGAGAAGAUGCAUGCAGUGGCUACACCACUGGCGGCUAUCAUGCAGAAAGGUAUAGACAGGAAACGUGAGGAAGAUGAAAGAGAAAGGCGUAGUUUGGACCGCUACAGUGAUGAUGAGAACAUCCGCAGUGUUACACCAGAGCCCGAGGAGCGUGAUAGUCGACCUAUGACCCCAGAGGUGAUAGACCAGCACAUUGCCCCUGACCCUCAAACUUCGAGACCCAUGUCAGCCAAGGACAAAAAGGCCUUCGCUAAACAAGAGAAGGAUAGAAUCAAGCAUGAGAAGGAGGAGGCGAAGAGACGGAAGAAGGCCGAGGACCUUGAAAGGAAGAGGAUGGAGAAGGAGCGCAAGGCCGCCCUGGCUGAGGAUAAAAAGGCUGCCAAACACAAAACAUCCUCCAAGGGUAGAGACUUUAGGGACCCUGAGCGUGAGGUACGUGACAGACUGGACAGCAGGGGCAGUAACGACAUAGGGCGUGGCUGGAAUGAGGCUCGUGAACAUGAGGGGCAUGCACCGGCCACCCCCGACAGGAAAAUGAAACGACUCUCCAGCUUUGAGGAUGUUAAGCUAAAAUCAUUCAAAGGCCAGCGCGAGGCAGAUCAUGACAGAGAUCAACCCCCAACCCCACCUGCACCACUCCACGCUGGCCAUCGAUCCCGACACUCGGAAUCUGAUGGGUCUGAGUUUGACUCUGCCGAAGAACAAAAGGGUGCCGAUCGUCAUGGUGACGAGGAUGCUGAAGAAGUCUCUUUUUAGUCAUGUGACUAACCAUCCCAUUGGUCAGCUGACCUUCAGAUCUGACCAUGUGACCACAAGUUUGGGAGUUGACAGAAGAUGCCUGUAGCCAUUGUAACAAUUCUCAUUAUGUUUUGAAUACUGUUUUGCAAAGAAAGGAAAUUGUUCAAUCCAGAUGUUUUCAGUUGUAUUUUAAAGUAUAGCAUGUGAAAGCAUGCCUUCUGUAAACAUGUGCUUUCUCAGGACGCAAACAUCAUGGUUUGAUUUUUUAUUGUAAGGUCUGUGUGUGGAUAGAGAGUUCAGGACUGGACAAGAAUGCACUGGUGUGUGAAAGAACUGGUUUUAUGAGUUGCUGACAUUUUUAUUUCAUCUUAAAACUGCAAAUUGUUUGCAAAUAUAGGACUUUAUAUAAAUAUGUACAUUGCUAUUACUCUACAUAUAUGUGAUACAUUAUUUAAAUAUUACUUAAUCUUGAUAGAUUUUAGAAUUUUUGUCUAGCAUAACAAUUGGUAUUUAAUUGCUUUUAAAGAACAAUGUUACAUUAAGACACCUCUUUGCCAUGAAGAGACAUCCUAUUCAAGAUUUCUCUUUCUUCAUCAAAUAGAAUAUGAAGUGUACAACAAUACUUGAAUAACGCACUUCGAAAAUGUGUAGUAUUUUUCUGUGAAAUAUAUACAGAUGGAACAUUAACAUAAACUGAAAAUUCAAAUAAUAAAUGAUGAAAUAAUUUGCAGCAUUCUAUACCAUUGAAAAUGGAGCAGUUAAAAUUCCCGUGUACAUUUGUAUAUAUAUAAUCACACGAGAUCGCUUCACUUUAUGUGCUGUGCUGUUCUACGUCAACAGAAAUAAAACAAUUGGUCCAAAAACUGUAUACUGUUGCCAUUCUGUGUUUUCAUAUAUGACUGCAUUGUAUCAUACAAAUUGUUAAGUGCUCUAUGUUGUAUCAUACAAAUUGUUCAGUGCUCUGUGCCUUUGACAAGAAUGUUAAAUAUAUCGUAACACCCAUACCUUUCUUCUUUAGCUGUAUCAUAUGCAUUGCUCACUAUUUCUAUUCCGCUUUUAAAAAGCAUUAAUAUUGUACAUGUGUAUAUUCUUAUUGUCACAUAAUGCUGCACCUGUGUUGAGGCUUUGUUCGGACACAGCCGUAAUAAUGUUUUAAUGGAGAAUAUGAUUUUAGCUUCCAUGUUUUAUCAAUUCAAUAUCAAUGUAUAGCAUACACUGGUUAAGGUUUAGUUACAUUUUAUUCUUCUUUGCUAACCCUUUAAUUUUAACAGUACAUGUUAGUUUUACAAGUGCAGGUUUAUUUGAUGUAUCAUUUUUGGACGAAUAUUGUGUUCAUUCAUUUUAACCACUCAUAUCGAGUAAAGUGUUUAAAAUUUAAUAUUAAAGAACCCAUUUCUGGAACUUCAUCAUUUUAACCAGGAUAGGAAUUUGUAUAGGGAAUUUAUUAAAGUUGACCUGAUUUGGAUUUUUUUUAUUAACAUUUUCAUUAAAUGUUGUAAUAUCUAAUGAUAUGGAACCAAGUACAGUAUGUGAAAAAAUGAUGAAUAAUUAUGUUGUUUAUCAUGUAAUACAUAUCAAUAUUUUAUCUUCUGUUGUCCAAUAACAUUCCUUAUAUCACAUAUCCAUUCCUGUACACAACCAUUUUAAUUUAACAUUUAUAUACCUUGUUUUAUACAGUGAUUUAUGUUUUUAAAGACUAUUUUAUGACAUGAAAUGUAAUAAAGGUGAUUUCAUACAUAGUUUAAUUCCUCAAUAAAUUGUAUUACAGUU